UGUGCGCCCUCCAUAAUGGAAAGCUCAACGCCGGAACCGGUUGAGGAUUCGCCGUCGUCUGCCGCUGCUUCUGGUGUCGUCGAAUCGACGGAUUUGGAGCCGGGCGGUGAGAUAUUGGAGAAGUUGAAGGGUGACCGGAUUGGGGAGACGAUGUACAGCGAGCGGUUCGUGUUGUCCACGGUGCUGAAGCUGCCCCAGCUGGAUGGGCCGCUGGCCGAGGACGAGGACUUUGAGAAGGAUUUGUGUAGUUUGUGGGACAUGACCAUUGAGGCGGAUGUGGUUCUGUUUUUGCUGAAGCACGAUGUAGUUGAGCUGUUGAUUGGGUUGGCGGAAGGUUCGGAGGAUCAUCGACUGGUGGAAAUUUUGCUGGGGAUUGUUGGGAAUAUGUGUUGCUUGGAGGAGACCCAUAAGGUUCUGUACGAGAACAAGUCGCUGUUUUUGAGCUUGUGCGGGUUUUUGGAAUCGAGCGACACUUUGACGCUGGUUCAGUUGAUGCGGAUUUUAACGACGAUUUUGGACAAGUCUGACGAUGAGGCGUUCUGCUGGUUCAAGUUGAUUCGCGAGCAGGAGGACAUUACGGAGAAGCUGGCGUUUAUACUGAGCAGUACGACUAGCAGCGAGUUGAUUCAGCACACGCUGGAAGCGGUCCACGCGAUGGUCAAUCGGUUUACGGAAGCCGAAGUCGAUUACGCUCAGUUGAACGAGUUCUACAAGAUGUUUGCCAAGCCCUGCUUGAUUGAGGGACUCAUGGAGGGAUUCAAGCAAAUCUACCCGGAAACGGGUGCCGUCAGUCAGUUCGAGGAAGAAUAUCUCACCAGCAAAGAUCUGAAAAUCAUCCAGAAAUUCCUGGAAAUUCACGAAAACUUCAUCAUCAACGCCAACGAAGUCUACGCAGACAAAAUCGAAGCGAUCGUUUACUGCGUCCACCGGAUUCUUAUCCCGCUGAGCAGCGACGGGUCGCUUCUCCCGAUCUCGAAGGCCCACGUCCGGAUCUUGGUCUGCAUCAACAGCAUCUACAGCGCGAUCGUCUACCACUUCCACGCCGGAACGUUCCUUGCCCUGGUCAAAAUCUACACGAUUCUAGCCAAAGUCCAAGAGCAGACCGGCGCCAAAAUUUCCGAACCCAUGGACGCUAAUGCUGAAGACGACGAUGCCGGUUCCGACGGGGAGUUCGACAUCCAAACCGCACUCGGAGAGACCCUCGAGACGCUGUACUUCAUGGCGGAACCGAUCGACGGGUUGACGAUCUCGAACGCACUCCGGGCCAGCUCGCUGAACGAGGAAACCAUCGCGAAGCUUUGCACGGCCCUGCGGGAAACGAUGGCCGGCGACCCGCUGCUCGGGAGAACGUGCGAUCUGCUGCUGGAGAGUGCGCGCCAAGUUUGGGGACAGCAGGAGCGGGGUCGGUCGUAGAAUGAGGUUCAAUAAAUUGCAUUGCUGAAAUGAA